AUGCAGCAGACUUCUCAGUCCGCCACAAGCGCGUGCGGUGGUCUCGUACAGCUAAUUGGGCAGCUGCAAUGCUGUGUGUCGUUCCGCGGUACCAGCAUCACUGCGAUCUGCUACAUCACCAAGUCUGAUCUAAACCUACUUGGUCUCGACUGGAUUGAACAACUUGGGUUGGCCGAUAUGCCGCACCGCACUGUUUGCAGUCAGGUGCAGAUUCCCGCUGUGCUUGCAGACCAAGCCAAGGACAUUCUCCAACGGUUUGCUCCAGUGUUCCAAGACGGCCUGGGUCGUUGCACAUACACUCAAGCCGUGCUACAUCUGUUUCCUGGAAGUCAACCAGUCUUCCGUCCAAAGCGACCAGUCCCAGAUGCAGCCCUACCACUUGUCGAGGCUGAACUGAAACGUCUAGAGGAACUGGGAGUUCUGGUUCCGGUAUCCUACUCCGCCUGGGCCGCUCCAAUCGUUGUGGUUAAGAAGCCCAAUGGCUCGGUUCGCAUUUGUGCUGACUUCUCCACCGGUCUCAAUGCCGCGCUGACGCCGAACUGCUAUCCACUACCGGUUCCGGCUGAUCUUUUCACCCUGCUAAAUGGUGGCACUUGCUUUGCCAAGUUGGAUCUCGCUGAUGCGUAUCUGCAGAUCGAGGUCGCCCCAGAGUCGCGCGAAUUGUUGACCAUCAACACCCACCGCGGUCUGUUCCAAUACACCAGGCUGCCCUUUGGUGUCAAGACCGCCCCGUCCCUAUUUCAACAAACGAUGAACGCAAUGCUCUCCGGCAUCCCCGGCACAGCUGGGUACCUGGACGUCAUCACCAUCGUGGGUGGCUCCCCUGCCGAGCUGCAAGACCCAGUGUGCGCAGUACUCGAACGCGUGCAGGAAUAUGGCUUUCUCCUACGGGCCGAUAAGUGCCAAUUCUUCCUCGACUCCAUCAAGUACCUUGGAUUCGUUUUUGACGUCAAUGGUCGCCAUCCAGAUCCUGAAAACAUUCGGGCCAUCCAGCAGAUGCCUGCCCCCAAGAAUGUAUCGCAACUUCGUUCGUUCCUUGGCCUGAUCAGCUACUAUAGCGCCUUCCUACCAUCGCUGCAUGACGUAUGGGCCCCGCUCAACCGUCUGUUGCAGAAGGAUGCUUCCUGGUGCUGGUCCCCCGACUGUGAAAAGGCCUUCGCCCAGCUAAAGUCGAUGCUGAGUUCAGAUCUACUGCUCACGCACUACGACCCGACGCUGCCGAUCAUUGUUGCUGCAGAUGCUUCCAACCACGGAGUUGGUGCCGUCAUCCCACAUACUUUUCCUGAUGGGUCUGAGAAGGCGAUCAUGCAUGCAUCUCGCACGCUAACCCCUGCGGAGAAGAACUAUGGGCAAAUAGAGAAAGAGGCUCUAGCCCUCGUGUUUGCCGUCAAGAAAUUUCACAAACUGUUGUACGGUCGCCACUUCACGUUGUUGACGGAUCACAAACCAUUGCUGUCAAUCUUCGGUUCGAAGAAGGGCAUUCCCGUCUACUCAGCCAGCCGACUUCAACGAUGGGCAACCAUCCUUAUUGGCUACGAUUUCGACAUUCGCUACUGUCGUACUACAGACUUUGGUCAGGCUGACGCCCUUUCUCGCCUCAUCAGCAAUCAGCAGGAACCGGAGAAAGAUACCGCGAUUGCAGCUAUCUCGAUUGAGGACGAUGUGCGCCGUCAGCUAUCAGACGCCAUACGAGGUAUCCCCGUUACUGCCGCGGACAUCCGACGUGCUACUGAACAGGAUCCUGUCCUCCGCCAGGCCAUCACCUACGUGCAGACCUGCUGGCCAACCACUGCUCUCGCUGGCGAUCUUCGCCAGCUCUUCCUCCGCCGAGCAUCGCUAUCUGUGGUUGACUCCUGUCUCAUGUUUGCAGACCGUGUGGUGAUCCCAUCUUCCCUCCGACCCACUGUACUACGCCAGUUCCAUGUGGCUCAUCCUGGUACCAGCUGA